GGUCGCCGAGAGCGUAGCAGCGACUUCAGUCUGAGCACGGCGGAGGGCGCGCGCGGUCGUCUCGCGGCGCCAGCGCAAUGUUGCGCUUACUAAUCUUCACUUUGUUCGCGCUCACCAAUACUAACGCGCAAAUUUUACCGCAAGGCUUAUGCCAGUCCACUUUCUGUUUCUGCAUCCCGGCCCAACACCCCAACUGGAUAAACAUGAACUGCACCCUGCCCUCGGACCAGAUGCUAACGAUAAAAGAUGGCGAUAUCCCAGAGUCGACAACGAAUUUGGUGAUAGCCGGAGCUCGGUCAGUGGAACUGCAGCCUAACUCCCUCAGCGGGCUCUGGGACUUGAGGAAGAUCCUCCUUAAAGACUGCGCGGCCGUCGUUAUCAAACGGGCUGCUGCAGUGGAACUCAACCUGCUUCGAGGGCUUCUGGAUAUCGAGAACUGUGACGUCCUACGGAUUGAGAAAAAUGCCUUUAUGAACAUUAAAGGGCCCUUGUCGGUGAACAUAACUAAUUGUGACCGGACUUCAUUGGAGGGACCUGCGUUCUCUUGGCUGCUGGAAAUGAACAUCAGCAACGUCAGGCAGUUAGACCUGACACCUGAGGUGUUCAUGAGAGAUCUCGCGGCCAAACCUGGCACCAAACACGGACCUGAUAUGAAGAUCGAACUAAAAAACCUGACCAUAAACAAAAUACCAGCUCAGACCUUCGGACAUUCCGCAGCUAAAAUAACGAUGGAAGCUGUGAAUGUAGACUUGAUCAGCUCCAAGGCGUUUUCAGGGAACACUAUCAGCAACUUCACGGCUGUAGAUAGUACCUUCAGACGUAUUGACCCUGAAGCCUUCAGUGCUAAGACGCAGAUAGGUUUCCUUAACAUCAAAGGUUGCAAAGUGCAUGAGAUGGUUUCGAAAGCAUUGUCGUCUGCUGUGACCAAUCUCAACAUUUCACAUUCAAGAUUUGAUAAAAUAGAAACUGGUGCCAUAAAUGCGACUGUAGUAUCCGUCGCGAUACUGAGCAAUGAAUUCCACAAGUUCAUGCAGAAAGGCUUUGAAUUAUCCUCCUUGAACCGACUACAUAUUCAGAACAACUCUUUGGAUGAAUUGCCGAGCCACGCCAUCGUGGCUCCGGGCGCCUCCAUACACGACCUUAUCUUCAUCGAUAAUGAAAUAGAAACAGUCAAUCCCGGCAGUCUUGAGUUCAUUGGCCAGGCCACUUCUUACAGCAAUAUAAUUUAUAAAAGUAACUAUUACGGACAAAAGUGCUACUGUAAUAUAACCCAAGCUUUGAACGAAGCUCUAGGAGUAGACAGUCCGGAUUUUUACGAAAACGAAAGUUUCUGCACAGUCGACACGUUCGUAGCCCGGUGCUUCAACGUCCUUGACCAGAAUAUGCUGCUCAGCCGAUUCAUCGAAGACAUGUGUAACGCGGAUGCGAUUCAAUGCGAGGAAUUUAAAAGCGAAAGCGAAAUAAAGAAUCCGAGAUUUCCUCAUAAGGACCCCGAAGAAGGAGGCAUCACUCACCGUAACAUAAAAGUUAUAGGUAUUGUUAUAGUUACUGUAUUUGGAUGUAUACUUAUAGCACUAGUUAUAAGUUUGAUUAAAUGGAUGAGGCAAAGAGGAUAUUGCCUUACUAUAAAAAAUAUGUUGAUUUCAUCGAACUCAAACUGCGGGUCGUUUUGUGACAGAAUAUGCACGUGCGGCACGAACAACGGUCUGGAUAAUGCACGAUCCAUCUCCCAGCUGUCCGUCCACGAGUACUCCGAGCGACGACGACUCAACGAGCCCAGACUCGAACAAGUCAUCCAAGAGACCAGACUGCCCGACACCUACGAGGCCCCCACCGUAACUGACGACAAAACCACUCAGACCUUACCAGAAGAACUGACUAAGGAACUCUUAGAGAAUUUAAAAAAUAAGUUAGAAGAUCCUGAAAAUUAUGUAGAAGCAAGAGAAAUGAUAGAACAUUUAUACGAGCUUAUUAAAGUAGAAGAAAGCUGUAAUACGAAUACCCGUCUACCAAAGACAGAGGAAAAUAUUUACGAAUUGCCGUUCCAGAAUACACAACCUAGAAUUGGAAGAAACAAGAAAAAGAUGAUAAGCAUCGGCACAAGAGUUCCAUCUCUAGACAAAUUACUACCGCUCUCACCGUACAAUAGACAAACCGCUUUGGCGCAUGAAUACUUCGAGCCCAAAGACUUUGCGGUCCAUUUGUAUGCGGAGAUCGCCAACAACGACCAGAGAAGAUUGUUGGGGGGCAUGCCAGACGUGGUGGGCGAGCAAGUCCGGCCGCGGGGGCCAUACCUGCGCGCCGUGCGAGACAAGUUGAGCUCCAGCUCGCCCAGUUCGGCGACUACGCCGUAUAAUUCUACCAAAACCACGCCUACGACUAGUCCUAUCGUUAGUCCUUCUCAAAUGUCGAUAAAAUCGACGAAAUCAACUACUUCCAAUUCUUCCGGAAAGAUGUUGAACAGGCCGCUGCCGGAUAAGCCGGUGUUGGAUCCGGGCGAAGGACCUUCCAACCAGCAUGGUUGAGAUAGGCUUCCGGUUUGGGGGUACUACCCCCACCGGGUAAUCCAGAGACCACGCCCAGGCCUGCGACGGCGCCAGCGCUGGGCGAUGCCGCCCCCGCCGCCGCCGCCGCCCCUUUCGCCCACGACAUUGCCUUCCGACGAGCUGCCGCCGACUUUAGCAAUUCUUCUGAGGAUUUUUUCUGUGAUAUUUUUCUGGUUUAUUUUGUCAUUAAUACAAUGGUUUCUAGAAGAGUGAUUGUGUUACCCAGACGCUUAGGUAUGUUUUGUAUAUAAUUUGUAAUUAAUCUUAUUGUGCCACUCGGAGCGCGAUGCGCCUUAUAAAGACAGAGGUAUGCAUUUUGUUGUUGAACCGCUUUGUAACUUCGCAAAAUAUGAGUACUACACUGCUGUUAUAUUAACUAACAUGUAUCAGUCAUUAUAUAAAUAUACACAUAUACGAUAAAUUAAUAUGAAUUAACUAAUAAAUUAUUUUAUGUUCACUUGAAUUUCUUAACUACAUAUUUUCAUAGAAGUAAAAUACGGAAUGGAAUUUUGAUCUAGCUGUAAAUCUAAACUAUUUCACGAAUAUGUAGUUCUCAUACAUGAAGCGAAUCCCCGAAAAUGAUCUUCAUUCUUUCGUCCCAAAGGUUAGUGAAAGUAGAAAUUUAUUUUAGACAUAAAUUAUUGCAAUGUUUAUAUUUCUAGAAAACUUUACACUCCAAAUUUUACUAUACUCGUAAUAUUACCCAAACAUAUUAUGAUACGUAUAUAAAAUUAAUUGACAUAGCAAAAGUUCAGUACCUAGUCUAUAUAAAUGAACAGUUAUAGCACUAUGUCACGUCUAUAAUGAUUACGGCCUAAGGUGUAAGUUAUGAUGUCAGUUUUAUGAAAAACCCGUAAAAUAAUAUGCAUUCCACAGAUGCAAACAUUAUAAAAUAUAUAGCAUUUAAUGAAUGUCUCGAUACCCAUUCUAUGACAACUCGUACUAGAUGUUUAACAUUAGUAAAUAAGGAGUAGAAUCACCUCGUUAUACAGUCCUCCCUAUUGUGUCGUGUUAGUGUUUCAGAGUUUAAUUUUUGGCAACAUUUCAAAAGAAACCCAAAUAUUAAAGUGCAGCGAAAUGUAUAUCAAUUAUUACCACGUUUUUAAAGUUAAAUCAAAUGUCUUAGCUAAAAUUAAAUUUUGUGUCCCAUUUUGAAGCUUCAUCUCAUAUAUUUGUGAAUAAAAAAUGAUAUAAUAUGGUAGUUGCCUGUGUAUAAUAUAGUAUAUAUAUAUAAAUGCAUUCACAUAAUGAAUUACGAUAAUCAAAUGUACUUACAUUUUUGUUCUACAUUAAAGUAUAAUAAGUUUUUUACAGAAAUGUCAUUUUUGACACACACAUUUGUUGUUGUCAGAAAGAUUGUCUUUAUGUAUUCAAUGUGUCGACAAAAAAUCAUUUCCGUGCGUUGAGGAGUUCUUAAGUCUCGAGCCGUUCCUGGGUGCACCCUCAGGUCAUGCUUAUCAUAAUAAUGCAAUGUCAUCCACACUAACCGUGUGUACAAAUUUUCAGCUUAUUCGGUUGAAGAUAACUGAUUCAAAAUUAAGUUGCAAGAUUUCACCCGAAUAGAAAUUAUGACAUAGAAACAUUGCAAGUUACAAGCUUGUAAUAAUUGAAAGGCUACAUUUGUGACGCCACUCAUGUGCACUGUCAUACAAACCCCAUGUUAUUUUUUGUUUAUGACGCGCGGAAAAAAGUACCUGAUAUGACUUGAUGGCAACUACCCUAUUGAUAUAUUAAAGGAUCAUAUAUUUUUUUUUAAAUCUGUCUCUAGCUCGUAUAUCACUCGAUGUUGGUUAUAAUCGUAAUUUUAAAAUUUGUAAAUUUGAAAUUAAAAUGAAGACACAAAAGUGAGAUUAGGUAAGAAAAAUGUGGUAAAAUGACCUCUCAUACAAAUCUCAACCAGUUGAGUGAUUGAUUGUUUUGUAUGAGAUACUCUGCCAAUAUUUUGCGUAGAAUAUUUCGCUGUUAAAUUUAAUAGUUCGUGUAUACUAUUCGGUAUACUUUUUAGACCUCAUAUUAAGAUGAUAGGAUAAGAAUUGAGGCGACGGUGAGAGCUUUAACUACUGUAGUUCAUGGUCAUGGAUUGUCACAGAUCAUUCAUUCGCUCAUUGAUUACUCUAGGAUAUAUUUGGUGUUAGAGUAAAUUCGUAGCACUUUUUAAUCGUUCAAAAUUGUGUACACUAAUAUUAAUGAACAGACAUGGAAAUAAACACGGGAGGAACGAGACUGGUUUAUUGUAGCUUAUGCAUAUUGUAGUGGUUACAACGAUAUAAAGAAAUAUAUUAUGUGCAAUCCAUUGUAAUGUAGAACCUCCAAGUAAUUAUUCCCGAUCAGCUUUUAAAAACUUAACCUGUGUACAAUUUGAGAAACUAGUACAUAUAAUAUCCACAUCUCGAUUCAAAUAUUAUAAAUGCGAAAGUCUUUCUAUAUUACUGUUUGUCGUGUUUACACAACUAAACCGCUAGGUGGAUAUAGAUGAAAUUUGGAAUAAACAAAACUUAUGGUUAAACAUAGAUUACCGCGCACGGAGCUGUGGGCAACCCGAUUACGGUUCAUAUAUGUUCACUAAAGACAUGGGUCAUAUAGAUUAGACAAUUUACUUAUUCAAUGAAUCAGGUAAAUAUUUUUGAAUCUUGUCACAAUAUCUUUCUCGGUGACCAUAGACAACAGAUCACAUAGGACCGAGGAGCACAAGGUAUCCAUGGCUUUAAUAUUUAUUAAUUAUAUUCAAUAUAAAUAUACAUAUAUUUAGUAUUUCAAUAAUUGUCUAUAAUAUUCAAUAUACUUAUAUCAUGUAUUUUCAUAUAAAUAUAUUAUUCAAAUUGGUAGAAGCUUUAAAUUAGGCCUUUAAGAUCUUAACCGUAGUUAUUGAUUAAAUGGACAGUGCUUCUACGAAUAUCCUUAGUCUAUGGAAAAUUUUGAAAAAUAAUAGUCUUAUAUUUUCGUUAAAAAAGAUAUAAUAUAUUGAUAUCUAGCAAACUAUUCUGUGUUUGUUAUGAGGGUGAACAUUUUCACAGAAAUAUUUAUAAUGUAAAAUGAAAAAAGUAUUAGAUUACAUGUUAGAUGCAGACGGUAAAACACAAAAUUAAACUCUUUACACACACAUAGGGUACGAGUACAUAAGUAAAUAUUAUUGUAAACAUCUCCUUAAUUUACUAUAAUAUAUAGUAAGGAAGUUAUCGUCUUGGUAUUAUAUUCUUCAGAGACGACAGAUUAUUCCAGAUAAUUUGAACUUUUAAAUAAUAACACACAUCGUAUUUUGUAAGAGGUUAAGUAAGUAAGCAAGAACACAUAUAAAGGGAUUUGCUAAAUAAACUGCUCAAGUAAUUGUAUAACAAUGUUUUAAUGAGACAAUAGUUAUGCUUUACUAAUAAUGCAUACAAUAUGUGGAUUAAUUGCUUACUUACUUAAUCUAACCUGAGAAAAUCGUACGACAUGUUUAAUCAUUUCCUUCUUGUUCAGUAAUAGUUCCCAGGAGAAUCAAAACCCAAGUUCUCACUCUCACACAAAAUUAGUUUUAUGUUAAUUAUUUCAUUUAAUAUAUUACUAGUUUGAAUUUGUCGCUAUCGAUGGUCGCAGUAUCUAAUACAUGUUAUUAUAUUUCAUUGUUUCAAUCAAAUUACAUUAUCAACGAUUUUGUUAAUUGUGCUUAUACCAAAACUGUAUUUUCAUUAACAAUCUGCAGAGCAUAUAGAAUUGUCAACGGUUACUUGUCGAGUAUAUUAUGUUCGAAUGUUGGGUCAAUAUUAUCCGAAGCAUAGUCUGAAGUAUGUGUAAUCACAGAAUUUGUAAUAAUAAGACAAAUUGAUGACUGGCUUGCAUAUGAAUUCAAAUUUAAAUUCGAUUGACUAAGUGUGAGCUCUGAGGCGAUUGGGGUUUAUGUCAGACGGCGUGCAGACUGCUAUAAAAUAACGUUGACAUUUCUAUCGUGUUAUUAUUACGAAUUCUGUGGUAUCAAAUGGGCUGCCCUAUGGCAUUGUGACUAUAUUGACGCUGAUGGUCUAUGAACAAUUCAAUAUUACGAGUAUGUGUAUGUUAAUUAAAUGUUAUAAUUAAUUAAAUGUUGAAUGUGUACAA